GGGGUUGGUGGUCUAGCCCAGUCCGAGGCCAGGAUGUCGAUGCAGAGGAUGGUGCGUGUGUCCCUGGAGCAUCCCACCAGCGCCGUGUGUGUGGCUGGCGUGGAGACCCUCGUGGACAUUUAUGGGUCAGUACCCGAGGGCACAGAGAUGUUUGAGGUGUAUGGGACUCCCGGCGUGGACAUCUACGUCUCUCCCAACAUGGAGAGGGGCCGGGAGCGUGCAGACACCAGACGGUGGCACUUCGAUGCGAGUUUGGAGAUCAUCGUGGUCAUGAACUCCCCCAGCAACGACCUCAACGACAGUCAUGUUCAGAUCUCCUACCACUCCAGCCGUGAGGCUUUGCCCCUGGCCUACGCGGUGCUCUACCUCACCUGUGUUGACAUCUCUCUGGAUUGCGACGUGCUCCGUGAGGACAGGCAGGACAGGGAUUUUGUGGACAAGCGGCAGUGGGUCUGGGGGCCCAGUGGGCAUGGUGCCAUCUUGCUGGUGAACUGUGACCGCGAUGAUCUGAGUCGUGAGGACCGAGACAACUGUGACCGGCGUGUGCGCUGCCUGCAAGACCUGGAAGACAUGUCUGUCAUGGUCCUGCGGACCCAGGGCCCCGCCGCCCUCUUUGACGACCACAAACUUGUCCUCCACACCUCCAGCUACGACGCUGAGCGGGCGCAGGUCUUCCAUGUCUGCGGUCCUGAGGACUCGUGCGAGGCCUACAGGCACGUGCUGGGCCAAGACAAGGUGUCGUACGAGGUGCCCCGCUACCACGGGGACGAGGAGCGCUUCUACGUGGAAGGCCUCUCCUUCCCUGACGCCGGCUUCACGGGACUCGUCUCCUUCCACGUCACCCUGCUGGAUGACUCCAACGAGCAUUUCUCAGAGUCCCCGAUCUUCACUGACACUGUGGUGUUCCGCGUGGCACCCUGGAUCAUGACACCCAGCACCCAGCCGCCCCUGGAGGUGUACGUGUGCAGCGUGAGGAACAACAGGUGUUUCGUGGACGCGGUGGCGGAGCUGGCCAGGAAGGCCGGCUGCAAGCUGACCAUCUGCCCGCAGGACGAGAAUCGCAACGACCGCUGGAUUCAGGACGAGAUGGAGCUAGGCUACAUCCAGGCGCCACACAAGACCUUCCCGGUGGUCUUCGACUCCCCGCGGAAUGGGGAGCUGCAGGACUUCCCCUACAAGAGAAUCCUGGGUCCGGAUUUUGGUUAUGUGACUCGGGAACCACGAGACAGGUCUGUGAGCGGCCUGGACUCCUUCGGGAACCUGGAGGUCAGCCCCCCGGUGGCGGCCAAUGGGAAAGAGUACCCCCUGGGGCGGAUCCUCAUCGGAGGCAACCUGCCUGGGUCGAGAGGCCGCAGAGUCACCCAGGUGGUGCGGGACUUCCUCCAUGCCCAGAAGGUGCAGCCCCCCAUAGAGCUGUUUGUGGACUGGUUGGCCGUGGGCCACGUGGAUGAGUUCCUGUGCUUCGUCCCUGCUCCCGACGGGAAGGGCUUCCGGAUGCUCCUGGCCAGCCCCGGCACCUGCUUCAAGCUCUUCCAGGAGAAGCAGAAGUGGGGCCAUGGGAGGGCCCUCCUGUUCCAGGGGGUCGUUGGUGAUGAGCGGGUCCAGACUGUGUCCAUCAACCAGGUGCUCUCCAACGAAAGCCUCAUCCGCUAUAAUAAGUUUGUGCAGAGCUGCAUCGACUGGAACCGCGAGGUGCUGAAGCGGGAGCUGGGGCUGGCGGAGCACGACAUCAUCGACAUCCCGCAGCUGUUCAAGUCGGAGAGGAAAAAGGCAGUGGCCUUCUUCCCUGACUUGGUGAACAUGCUGGUGCUGGGCAAGCACCUGGGCAUCCCCAAGCCCUUCGGGCCCAUCGUCAACGGCCGCUGCUGCCUGGAGGAGAAGGUGCGGUCCCUGCUGGAGCCGCUAGGCCUGCGCUGCACCUUCAUCGACGACUUCACUCCGUACCACAUGCUGCACGGGGAGGUGCACUGCGGCACCAACGUGCGCCGGCAGCCCUUCUCCUUCAAGUGGUGGCACAUGGUGCCCUGAGCCGACGCCCACCUGCCAUCCUCCCCCGGGGAUGGGCAUUGGCCUGGGUGAUGGAGACUGAGACAGCCCCUGGAUAAUAAGCAUCAAGAGACCCCAAGGUUCCAGAUGGAACGCCGAGGGUGACCUCCCCUCUCAGAAGCCUUUUCCCUGGAAGUGUCCACACCUCCCCUGCAACCCAUUUGGUUCUCAGACUUGAAUCCUCUUGGCCUCCCAAAAAGAAGGACCUCAUUUCUUGUGGCCUCUCAUGUGAAUCAACAUCACCCAUGGGGUCUUCCUCAAACAUCCCCCUCCCCACCCCCAAAUCCUCCAUCUGGGGGCAGAUUCACACUGCAGCCUAGAAGCA